CUUUCCCAAACAAAGUAAUAAGUUUGCUGUUGUAAAGUCGUGAGGGCGUGAGUUGUAUUCUUUUACAGAUUCUAAAAGCUGCUGUUGUGGCUUAUGGGGCUGCACAGAUAUUUGGAUUGGUAUGGCAUCGUUGUUUAAGGAGAAUCCAGAUCGGCCCAACUGUGUGCACUCUAAAAUCUUUGCCAAGCUGAUCAAUGGUGUACACACUGAGUUUGCUGUCUUGGUGUACAGCAAUCGGAUCUUUGUAACUGUUAGUCAGUGUGGGAAGAUUGGGAACCUCUUCAGUGUCCAUCAGGAAUCCUCACAGGACAAGGGUGCCUUUUCUGCCAAGGCAUUAACCAUCUUUACCAUAAAGUGUCUCCUUGGAGUGGACUCGGAGGAGACAGAACAGUCUGUUCGAUUGUUGGCAGAGAAACUUGAUACAUCUCUGCCGUUACUGAUAUCCCUCACCCUGCCUUCCCUUGACCGCUCCACAACUGUACAGGUUGCAGAAGCUUUACUGGAGAAAAGGUGUUGGUAGCCAGUCUUUCAGUGCAGCAAAAUGGAGACUCGGUUUGGCCAAGUAGUGCUUGGGCCUCCAGGCAGUGGGAAGACUACCUAUUGUAAGGCAAUGGCCAGGAUGCUGCAAAGUCUGGGUCGUAAGGUAGCUGUCAUAAAUCUAGAUCCAGCAAAUGAUGCAGUGCCAUAUGAGGCAGCAGCAGACAUCCAGGAGCUGGUGCAGGUGGAGGAGGUGAUGGCCAUGCAGGGUGUGGGGCCCAAUGGAGCACUGGUGUUCUGCAUGGAACUCUUGGAAGUCAAUAUGUCUUGGCUAAUCAACAAGCUAAAACAGUUUCCAAAACACUAUUUGAUAUUUGAUUUCCCAGGACAGGCUGAGCUGUACUCUCACCAUACAAUGGUUCGCAGUAUUCUGUCUGCCUUGGAGAAGGAGGGAGCACGUCUUUGCACAGUGUACUUAGUAGACUCACAUUAUGCUAAUGAUCCAGGAAAAUAUAUUUCUGCUGUCAUGCUGACUUUAAAUAGUAUGCUAAUGAUGGAACUGCCAACUGUCAACAUACUAUCAAAGGUGGAUGCAGUAGAGAAAUAUGGUAGUCUGGAUAUGGGUCUGGAUUUCUACACUGAAGUCAUGGACCUGGACUAUUUAUUGGACUACCUAGGAGAUGCUCCAGGCACCAGGAAGUACCACAAGCUCAACAAGGCCAUGGCAGAAGUGGUGACGGACUAUUCCCUGGUUUCCUUUAUACCAGUCAGUGUGGAGAGUCAUUCCACACUACUUGGUGCUAUGAAGGCGAUAGACAAGGCCAAUGGGUACAUCUACGGCUCAGGAGAGGAGCGUAACAUUCAGCGCCUCCUGUCGUGUGCUGUGGGAGCUGAGUGGGAGCAUGAACGCAUUGGAGUACCUCGAGACACCUUCAUGAGAAACGAGGAGGAGGAAGAGGAAGAAAAUGAGGAAAAUUUUGAAUCUGUGCUAGAAAUGUUAGCAAGACAAAAUCAAAAGCCUUGACAUAAUGUGGGGUGUAAAGUUUCAUAGUAUUAUGAGACAAAGCAGCCUUUGAAGAAUAUUGUUUUAAAUCACUUAAAUAAAUUAUUCAUUAUA